CUUGUGUUGCAGUUUUCAUUACAAUUCUACAUUCAUUUCAAAUGUUCUUGUAAGUGAUUUUUUUCAGAGGCUUAAUGUUUAGAGACGGCUGUUUCAGAGGCCUGUGAACCUUCUGACUUCCCCUCAAUCGAACCUAAUGUGUCACGUGAAGAUCUGGUUAGAAAAGUACCUUCAUUUUGAUGAAGUGAUUAGAAGCCGUUUGUUUGAAUGACUAAAUGGGUAAUUAAACACAACACGGUACCACUGCAGCUGUUGGGUCAGGCUGGACCUGAACACAGACCUAGAACUACAGAGCAGUAUUUACCAGGCAAAUAGCCCCCACCCCCCUCUGACCCCCCCGUGCACUGCCCGGUUUGCAUAGACAGCGAAAGGAUCAGAGGAAAGUUAUUGCAACGCUUGACAGCUGUAGUGAAAAUAUGACUGAGCUCAGAGCAGAGGGGCAUGAAGGUCUAGGACCAGUAACACGGGGUUCUGAUCAACCAAGACCUGGAUCACAAUGUGGAGCAGGUCAAGUCCAAACCUUAGCAGGUGGAGCAGCUUCAGCUCAGCAACAUCAGGUCCCUCUAAAGCGCCCAGUGUGAUGGACAUGCUCAACCUGUGGAAGGACGACCCAGAGGAGGUUCUCUUGGACCUGGGCUUUGGCUGUGAUGAACCAGACCUUUCAGGACGCAUACCGGCUCGCUUCAUCAAUCAUCAGUCUCAGGCAAGAGGAAUAAACCUCAAGGUGUUUCUGGAGGCCCAGGAGAACCGGCUGGACCUGGAGAACCCAGACGUCAGCAAUCGUUUCAGACAGCUGGAGGUUCUCCAGCAGGUAACCACAGCGUUCUCAUCCCUGGUGAGGUCUCCCUCCUCCUCACCUCUCAGAGCUCCCCGGCCUCCUGAGGCCCAGGAGAGGAGGAGGCGCAUGGGCCUCCUAUUCAGAAGAGCAUCCAAGAAGUCACUCAGCCAACUCCAUACGCGCAACCAUAAAACCCAGGACCUUAACACAGCCGCUGCCACAUCUGCUGCCCCUGAGUCACUGCCACCUCCAUUCAGCCCUGCAGACAAGGACAUCCCCUCAAAGAAAACUCGACAUGGACUUCUGGAGACUGUGUGUCUGAGUCCUCUGGCAGAGGAGACCGGAGCAGGUCCAGACCCUCAGGCGGAGCCUAACGUGGCCCCUGUGAUGGCCCAGGAGGGAGCACCCGGACACUGGGCCCUGACAGGAGGUCAAACCUCGUUACUUGGGAAGAAGAGCCCAGCGCAGGCCCGGGAAUCGUUUGAAAUAGAAGAGAUCCACAGUUUUGAUGACAGUUAUGUGACAGGCAGCUACACAGGAGGAGCAGAACAUUUAGCGCACGGUGUCCUACGGAGCAACAGCUGCCAGUCAGACAGCAGUGGCUUUCUAGAGGAGCCAUUCGUCCCCCUUCUCAUCAAGCAGGCGUCACCAGGAGCCGACCUCAUCCAGGCUCUGUCCGGCCUGUCCGGGGACACUGAGACGCCGUCCCCCCAUACUCCUGCAUCUCUCACCUCGUCUGCUGUUGACUCGCCCAGUCUUUCACCAAAGCCUUCAUUAGACUUUGACCCUUCCCCAUGUCCAUUCUCCUUGUGUCUCCCAAACUCUGACCAGCACAAUUCAGAGAGGGAAACACAACCAGAACCGGAUCAGUCUCCAGCUGCUUCACUCUCCACGUCGGUGUGUGAGUACUCUCAAGAGCUUGCAAUGCCUGCUGCUUCUGUCCUGACUGAGGACAAGGAGACUCCGUCCUCCCACGUCCCUGCUGUACUGCACGGCUCCGAAGGCCCAGCCUGCUCUCCCUGUCCAAGUGUUGCUCCUCUUGCCUCAUAUCCUUUUCCUUCUCCAAAUUUGGAUCGUCCGUUUUCCCUGUCAACCGUUACGUCUUGCACGCGGUCGGCCUCCUCUUCCAGGAGUCCAGGCGACCCUCAUUCAGAACAGACUGGAGUGGCUCUGCACAGAAACUCAUCAUCGCUAUCAUCUCAGCUUCAGCCAUCUGCCCCCCAUGAUUUUCAUUGUCCCACCCCACUAAAAGAGACCCUCUCGCAAGAUGCGGAAAAGCAUCAUAUGGAUUCCGUGUUGGAAGACUCCGAAGCAAUAGGCCUCUCUGAUCCAUCUACCAGUUCACAGAAGGAUGAGGAAGAAACACCCUCCUCUCUCUCCUUCCAGUUGGAAAAAGACAACGUCUCUGCUUCAUCCUCUCUCAUUCUGGUGUCCUCUGAGGACCCUUCCUUUCCAGAUGGUCAUCCUGCCUUGCAGUCUCAUUUAGGUGAUCCGGAGGGUCUGAUCGAUCCAGCUGCUGCAGGAACCUCAGACCUUUCAGCGCUGUCCACCUGCCGACGUGAUAUUAGCACAGAGCCUGCUCCGACUCCCCGAGCCCAAGACAUGAUUCAUGAUACAAUGAAUCACUUCUUCUUGGACUUUGAAGACACCGACCAGAGGUGUGGAAAGGGAGCAGCAGGGGCUGAAAGGCUCACUGACACUGUGCAGACGCAGAAGAAUGUUGUUUACAUCUCAGAUACAGAGAGUUCUGCGGGCCUGUCACAAGGUUGUAGAGUAGUCUCUGAGGAAGUAUGUAACCAAACAGAAAUAGAUCCACAGCUCCUAUCAACUGGAACCCAACCGGAACAUUGUCAGGGAGGAGGUAUUGGCUCGGAAAACAAAUCACUCAGCAGUUCUUUGAUUUUACAUAAUUGUAGAGCUGAAGUUCAACCAAAGGAUCUAAUCAAGGUUGAGAGCUUAGAUGAGAUCUUCCAGACCUCCGUGGAUAGUUCUGAAGGUGACACUGGAGAUGUGGAUGCCUUUUUUCAGCAGCUUGAUACUGAAGGACGAGCCUAUUGGGCAGAACCCAUCCAGGUUUCAAAUCCGAGUCCUGUACUCGAAGAGUCAGUCAGCGUCGAAAGCUCAGGCGGAUCUCCUGGGAGUUCUCCGUUGCCUAGUGGCCCAGCUCUUCUGGACCUGAUGCCCUCCACCGGCAGAGCUAUGCUUUUGUCUCCGUCAUCCUCAACAACGAUGGACACUGACCAGAUGUCAAGAAAUAAAGCCGCCUCCCCAGUGGCCCCAGCUCCGGUCCCGACCCCCUCCUUAAGCCCAGACCUCAAGACAUCUAGCCGCUCCGUUUCUGUCCAGAUGUCUUCUUCCCCAUCGUCUCAUAUAGUCCAGCGGAAGGACGUUCCCUAUAUUACGGACUCUAAACGCACGCUUCUGUCUAGUUUCCUCUCUUUGGACACGUCCACCCCUUUCCGUGCUGUGCAGUCAUGGACUGACCUUCAGAUCCAGCGAAGCCCUCUCACCACCAACUUCUCUCAGUGGGGCCUUCAUACUUCCCCAAAGGAUGUAACCGUAUGCACUAGUGCCACAGAAACGUCACAUGACUGUGAGCAGACUGAACAUCAGCACACCACGUCGCUCUCUGUGGACAAAGGGCUGUGGCUUGAUGAGGAGGAGGUGGACAGGAACGGAUAUGAAGAAGAGGGCAAGCUCUGGCGGGAGGAUCACAGGGCCACCACGUCGUGUUGCUGCUCCUGUGACCAUCAGUGUAACGGCGCCACUCAGAAGAGAGACAACAUUCCUUUCUCCCUGGAUGAGCUGGAGGAGAUGAUGCAGUGUCUGCAGCACUUCUGCUCUGUUCUCAGCGACAUGGAGGAGCAGCUCUCUGAGGACCAGGCGGCGGUUUACGGCGCCCUCUCUGACCCGGACAGGGAGAUGGUCCAGGACGUAGAAGAGCUGAGGCGGGCAGUGAAGCAGGAGGCUGGACAGCUGGAGAUGCAGUUGAAUGAACUGGCCGAUCAUUAUGAUGACAACUUGAAAAGGAAGAUGCACAGGCUGUUGGAUGAGCAGUCUCUCCUCUGCUCUCAACUCAAAGUCUCUCUACCUGGGGCGGGGCCCACGGCGCAGAGACCCGCCCCCAAGCGGACAGCUGCCACUCAGUGCUGUCCAGUGGAGGAGCAGCGCGGCCCCCCGUCCGCCUGGAGGGGCUGGGAUGUGAGCUCCCUCCUCCAGUCAAAGUGCAUCUGUGAGGCCCGGGGCAAGAAGGACCAGCUGGACAUGAUGGCUGUCCUCCAGAGAUUGAAGGAGUCUUUGCAUCAUUCUGUGAACACAGACUAAUAAAAGGUGCGGCACAUCAUCUGACUCCAUCCACUGAAGAAGAAAGGACUUCUGUUGUCGCACACAGUGGCUGACAAUGGUUCUUGAGAAAGGGACUACUUUAUCAUUUUUUAAAUAAAAAGGUUUGAAUGCACUUUGUAAUGUGCAUGUGUGCAAACUAUGUAUUUAAAUUGGCCUCGGCUCAAUCUCCUGGAAGUAAUGUUGGUGUCACACAUGUGUAACAUGGUGGCGUGAGGGUCCCGUGUGAUACCGAAGGUAAACGUUGUCUGGCGUUUCCACCAGUGUGAUCUAUCUAUGAAUAUCAUGCCAUCAAUGUUUCAGGUUGACUCUCGGGCCUGAAACUAAUGCAGCAUAGAGGCGACUGUGUUUGAUGCUUAUCUACAAUAGAUCCAUGUAAGAGUAAGAUGAGUUAAUGAAGACAACAUAUGACUAAAAUAAACACUUAUGUAUGUUUAUGUA